AUGGUUCUUCUUACGAUGACGCCUUCCAUAGUGGAAGGUCUAGGGACCCUGGAUGAGCCUCUACCGCUCCCAGGCGCAUCCGCCACAGAACACGAAAACACGACCAAGAACCAGGAGCCUAGUCUGGAAUCUCCUGCUGUUGGCAAGCCCAUCUCCCACGGCCAGAUCCUCGAUCUCUGGAAGGCUCUCCGGGCCAAGGAGGACAGUAAAAAGGAAUAUUCCUUAGAAGCGCUCCUUCGAGGAUCCUGCGUCUACAUCCCGCCGCCUCCCCCCAAGCCGGAACCCUCCCCCGAAUACAAAGCCCUCAUGGCCCGCCUCCGCCGCGAAGAAGAAGCCCGCGCCUACGAACGCAUGCUCAACCCCACCCCUACCCUCGAGACCUUCUCUCAGCACUUUCCCAACGCCGCCCUCGCAACCGCCUUCGCCGAAGUGAACCGCCCACACAACAAAACCGAUGCUGAUACCGCGGGUCCCGAAUCUUCCGACGCGGCGGCCUUCAAGGAGGUGAACAAGCAGCUCAUGCUCGUGUUCAACUUCCUCGUGAGCAUCGUGGGCGUAGCGGCGACGAUCUGGAUGGUGGCGAGGUGGUGGAGCACGCCGGCUAGGGUGUUGCUGACGCUCGCCGGGGCAAUCGUUGUGGCUGUGGCGGAGGUGGUGGUUUAUUCGGCGUUUGCGUGGAGGAUGGAGCAAGGGGUGGGCAAGGAGGUGAGGGUGAGGGAGGUGAAGGAGGUGGUGAAUACGUGGGUUAUUUCGGGGGGUGAGAAGGAUGAUAGAGGGGUCGACGAUGAGGGCGAGAAAGAGGGGGAUCAGGAGGUGAGGAUCAUCGAGAAGGAAAAGGAUGAGGGCGUGGAGGGGACAAAUCUACGAAGGAGGAAUAAACCCAAGUAG